AUGUCGGGUGUGGACAAUGAAAAUGACUAUUUGUCACUCGAACCAGUGGAGGUGAAGAGAUACUACAUGAACAACGAGCCAAAACAAAAUGAGCCAAAGCAGGACGAGCCAGUGAUGGCACAGGAUGAACAGCCUGCAUCCAAUGUAGAAGACAUAGAAAGAAAUGCCAAAAUAUUACCAGAGAUAAAUAAUGGUUCAAAAUGGAUAAUACAGGAUCGUAAUGAAACAGAGAAAAGCAAAGAAGCACCGGAGAUUGAAAUGUUAUAUCAGAAUGGUACCAAUAUCCUAAAGCGGUCCAGAGAUAAAAAUUUAAGGAAGGAAGGUUAUAAACUACUGCUGAAAGCAGCCGAUUUGGGAAGCAUGAAAUCUCUGGAACGAAUAGCUUUUGCCCUAAUGUUUGGUGACCAAAUUCCCCAGAACGUUACAGCAGCGAAAGAUCUCUUUGAGGCCUUGGCAGAAAAUGGCUCCCAUAAAGCCCAAACUGCAUUAGGAUUUUUGCAUGCCACAGGUAUUGGCAUAAGCUACAGCCAAUCUAAGGCCCUGGUGUAUUACACAUUUGCUGCACUGGGAGGAAACUUUGUGGCACAUAUGAUUUUGGGUUACCGAUAUCUUAAUGGCAUUAAUCUUCCACAGCAAUGUGAAGCAGCUCUCAUUCAUUACAGAACUGCAGCAAAAUAUGUGGCUGACAAUGUUGCUCUCAGUGGAGAAGUUCUAACAGAAAAGGUUAGAUUAACAGAAAAAGCAGAAAAUCUCAGCUCCAAUGGUGAAAUUAUGGAUUCAGAUCUGUACCAGUACUACCAGUUUAUAGCAGAAAGAGGAGAUGUUACAUCACAGGUCAGUCUUGGGCAGCUCCAUCUGACAGGUGGCAAGGGAAUAGAACAAGAUUUCAAAAAGGCUUUCUACUACUUAUCAAAAGCUGCACAAGGUGGCAGCACAAAUGCUUUGGGCUUAUUAGGAAAGAUGUAUUUUGAAGGGAAUGAAGUGGUGCCUCAAAACAAUGAAAUUGCUCUCAUGUAUUUUAGAAUGGCUGCUGAGAGGGGCAACCCUAUUGGACUAACAGGAUUAGGAUUAGCCUAUCUUUAUGGAAAAGGAUUACCAGUGGAUUAUGACAAGGCUUCAAAAUAUUUCAAGAAAGCAGCAGAUAAGGGAUGGGUAGAUGGACAAUUUCAACUAGGAGUUAUGUACUACACUGGCUUAGGUAUAAAGAGAGACUAUAAAUUGGCCACUCAGUAUUUUCGCCAUGCCUCUCAAGCUGGACAUACCCUGGCCUUGUAUAAUCUUGCUCAGAUGUAUGGAAGUGGAACUGGGGUGGUCAGAUCCUGUCGUACAGCUGCUGAGCUUUACAAGAACGUUUGUGAAAGAGGUCAAUGGACUGAAAAGUUCUUAUCUGCAUAUUUUGCCUACAUGAAGAAUGAUAUAGAUUCUGCCUUUCUUCAGUAUUUAUUCCUCUCAGAGCAAGGAUAUGAAAUGGCUCAAAGUAACAUAGCCUACAUUCUAGAACAUGAAAAAUCUGCACUCAUCUCAAAGAUUAAUUGCUAUCAUAUGGCCUUGACGUAUUGGAAUCGAGCUGCAGCCCAAGGAUAUUCAUAUGCUAGAAUUAAACUGGGUGAUUAUUACUACUAUGGUCAUGGAACAAAAGUGGAUUAUGAAACAGCUGCAGUUCACUACCGUUUAGCUGCUGAACAGCAACGCAGUGCACAAGCUAUGUUCAAUCUCGCGUAUAUGUACGAACAUGGUCUUGGGACGGAACAGGAUCUCUAUUUGGCCAGAAGAUUCUACAAACUGGCUACCGAAAUGAGUACAGAUGCAUACAUACCAGUUUUCCUUGCACUCAUCAAGCUAGGAGCUAUAGAUCUCAUCCAUGGAGUUCUAUAUACUAUUGUAAGUAUCAUUUAUAAUUUAAAUGAAAGGAAAUAAAAAAUGGGGAUUAUCAAUGAAGACCAGACUUCCUCUUUAAAAGUUUGAGCAAACAGGGGAUUGGAACCUGGCAACUGCAAGUCUGGGGUGGGUCCUGUAUAUAUUCUGGGAGCUGGGGGUGGGAGAAAUAAUACUUGAGUUAAAUAGUUUCAUCGAGACAAGUUAUACCAAGAGACUUCUACUUAACCAGGGAGAAAUUUAUGUGGCUUUUGGUGUUUUUCAGCUGCGGCACCAUUGGGAUCUCUUUCUAAUCAUAAUUUUGACUUCGCUUCUGGCUAUUUUAAUGAACUACAGGCUCAGAUAGAACAUUUACAUUGGAAUAUCAAUUUUGCUAUGUGGUUUGUGUUGACAAUUCUGAAGUGAAGGGAUUUCAUGACUUUAUCUUUUCUGUAUCCUAAAAAUAUGAGAUGGUCUUUUCUUAGAAGUUACAAAAAUUGUUGCAAAGAAUUUGUAUGUCUGUGCAUCUUUAUCCUUGGCUGUUCUAAUUACUGGCUAAUAAAGAUAUACCAGUCCAGUCACACUACUACUUUAGUAAGUGGUUAUGCAGGUUCAUGGGAAGAGAGGAGGAAAUGGCAUUGAACUUUCAUGAUCCACAAUUUUCUUCUACUUUUAACAUCCUGGGUCAUUAUUUUCAGUUUGGCAGCUUUUCCAUUUUUUUUAAAGAUGCAUCUAGCCUCUUGAUACUUACUAUUAUGCUGUGUUUAACCCAUUCAACAUUUUAAAUACUUGCUCCUUAAUUGCAUAAGGCAAAGAAACUGAAUGAGGGCACUCAGCCCAUCAAGUCUGCUCUGCUAUUCUAUCAUAGCUGAUUCAUCAUCCCUCUCAACCUCAUCCUCCCUGUAACCUUUGACACCCUGACUAACCAAGAACCUAUCAACUUCUGCUUCAAAUAUAGUCAAUGACUUGGACUGCAUAGCCAUUCAUGGCAAUGAAUUCCACAGAUACACCACGCUCUGGCUAAAAACUGAGAUCUUAGAGUAGAAUUAGGUCAUUUGGCCCAUCACAUCUGCUCCAACAUGUCAUCAUGGCUGAUCCAAUUUUCUUCUUGGGCCCAAGCUCCUGCCUUCUCCCUGUAUCCCUUCAUACCCUGAAGAAAUUCCUUCUCAUCUGUGUUCCAAAUGGAUAUUCCCAUCUUAUCCCUUACAUAAAUUUUGUGUGUGUCGAUUAGCAAAAGGUAACCAGGGAAUGGAUGAAGAGAAUGUUAUUGGCAGGGAUAGGAAAAUGGGUUCAAAGUUCAAAGUAAAUUUAUCAUCUAUGUAUGUGUCACUAUAUACUACCGUGAUUCAUUUUCUUGCAAGCAUCCAUAGUACAAUGAAAUACAACAGAAUCAAUGAAAAACCACACACAAAGACCGACAAACAACUUGCAAGAUUACAAACUGCAAAUACAAAAAGUAUAAAUAAAUAAUAUUUGUAACUUGAGUUUUGGAGUCCCUGAAAGGAAGUUAAUAUUUUAAUAUUGAGUUAGUGAUCAUGUUGCUGGUCCCAGGACAGAUCCUCUACAAUGAUACCACCAUGGACAUCAAAAUUACUGUCCUAUUCCACCUCCGCUCCCCUAAUGAGGACUGGCUGAUGGACUUCUGGAUUCUUCCUCCUGUAGUGAGUAGGGGCUCCAGAGUAUCAUUGCUGAUCUGAUCUCCAGAUAAAGAGUAGGAGGUUUGCUGGCAGCAGAACACCAACAGGGACUAUUUUAAGUUGAUUGGCCUAUUUUCUGCUGAUAAGUUGGAUGUGCAUCCUAGAGCAGCCACGACCUGGAUACCAAUUGCUCUGUCUAUUGAGCUGGUUAGCACUUUGGCAGAUUUCAUUAUUUCUCUAUGUCAGUAUAUUUGUGUACAUAUCAUCUGAAUGCCCCUUCAGGGAAAGAUGACCAAAAAUC